CCCCCCCCCAUUGGCUCCUCUUUCACGUUAUUCUCUCUGGGAGUUUUUCUAUUGGCGUAGGCCACACCCUCUCAUUUGUCACUAGACUCCACCUUGUGUCUGGGCUCUUGCGUCUUUCAUUCAUUCCGCAUGUAGUGCUGGGUGCUUGGGACAUGGGGGUUAAUCAGAUUCGUCCCUGCCCUGAGGGAGUUAAGGGGGUAGUGUGGGGACACGGAUCUAGGCUCCGAAAGUGACAGCUUAGGGUGGUAAAGAAGCCUCCUAGACACUGGGAGCCUCCAAGACGCCAGGAAGGCUUCCUGGAGGAGGUGAGACCUAAACCGAGCCCUUAGGAAUGGUUAGGAGUUUGCUACAGGGAGGCAAUUGGGAGGGCAUUCUUGGCAAAAGAACCUGAGACGUGAAAGAAACAGGCGUAUUCUUGGUAAUUGCGAAGAGGUAGGUCGAAUGAAAGAAGGGAGGGGGUGGGGAUGGAGGUAGAGACCCAGAGACCAGUGAGGAGUCCAGAAAAGCAUACAGUUAGUUGAGAAGAGUGAAGUCUGAGGCCUGAAAUCUUUUCAAACUGCUGGUCACUAGACAGAGGGAAGAGAGGUGGGGUAGGGGAUCAGAAAUUGAUAGGGAAACAUAGUGCGUGAAAGGAAUGAUUCCAGUUCUGAGAAGAAGUGCUCUUGGGUUCAUCUUAUUUAUUGAGCAACUGCUCUGGAUCGGGUACUGUUCAGGGUUCUGGGGACACAGCUGUGAACAUUCAAAAGGAGAAAACAGAUAACUAACAAUGACAUAUACUGUACUUCAUGUGGUGAUAACUGCUUUAGAAACCAAUAAUAUGGAGAAGAGAAGAUUGUGGUGGGGAGGAAAGAGGAGGUUUACUAUUUUAAAGAGAGUGUGUUAGGGAGACUUGUCUGAUAACAUCUUUGUGAAGAAAUCUAAGGAAAAUGGGAGAGUGAGCCCUGCGGUUAUCUGGGGGGAAGCAUUCCAGAUAGGAGACAUAUUCAGUUUGAGCUGCCUGUUGUACAUUCAAGUAAAGUUGAACUGAGAACUGGCAACACCGGCUGGAGGUUUAUAGAAGUCUGGAGUGGUGUACGUAAAACCAUAAAAUUGGAUGAGAUCACCCUGGGAGUAAGCAUAAAAGAAGGAGAGAAGUUUCUAUAGGAAUUUCCAAGUCCUGAGGCAUUACAAUUUUAAGAGAUCAGGAAGACAGGAAUGAUGAGCGAGAAAGACCAAGAACUAACAGCCAGUGAGGUAGGAGAAUAUAUUUGAGUGUGCUGGAGAAGCCAAGUGGAGAACACGUUUCUAAAAUGAAAUGAUUAAUGAUGUCAAGUGCACCGAUCAGUAUGAAGAUCAUUGAUGAUCUUGGUCAGAUCAGUUUCAAUGGAGAGUGGGGACAGAAGCCUAGUUGGAGUGAAACAUAAGAGAAAACAGGAAAAGAAGGAAUCAGACUGCAUACAGAUGGGUGUUGUGCUGCAACAGGGAGCAGCUGCUGGGAGAUGCGGUGGGGCUAGAGGAGUGUGGGGUCAAGUGAGGGUUUGGUUUUGUAUUUUUAAGACAGAAAUAACAGUAUGUGUUUAUGCUGUUGGCAAGAAUACAGUAGAGAGGAAGAGAUUGAUGAUGUUGGAGAAAUACUGGAAUUGUGUCCCUGAACAGGCAAAGGAGUUCAGAAUCUGGAGCCUUCACAGUCAGUCUCUGGGGAGAGACUGGAUUGUUCUGAGCCCUAGUACAGAGCAAGGGGUGAACGUGCCAACACCGGCCUUGGAUGACCAUUAGAAAGAGGCCUCUGAUAGGAGACAGACCAAGGAUUGGCUUGAAUUUGCUGAAGUCUCCCUCUGCUCCCCACAAAGCUAAUUCUAACUGGGAUUUGAACAUAUGACCCAGAGAAGUCGACAGUGUGGGGAGUUGGAGUGACCCGGCUGGAUGUGACCCCCAGGACAGAAUGGUGCUGGACUCAGGGGCUCAGGUGUAUGAACAGGCACCCCCCAGCCCACCAGCCAGUCCCUCAUCCUUGGGCCAUAGACUGAAGCCCUCAGACCGAGAUGGGACACUGCUGUACCCCUGGCCUCAGUCCCUGGCCUUACCCCUGGCUCUGUCAAUCCCCUCAGCCCUGCGGCCCCGGCCUGAGCUGCAGCCCUACUCAGAGCUGCACUUGGGCCUCCGUGGCCACAUGCGUCGCAGUGAGAGCACCUAUACUGUAAAUAGUACUGGCCGGCGGGGGGGUGGCACCCAGGGUCGGGCCCCACCUGGACGGGGACGGGACCCAGGUGGGGGAACCCUGCGGCCUGCAGCCUCCCUGCCUCACAUUGCUAAGACUCGAAAGGAUGCAGGCCGUGGUGCCAGCAAGAGCCCUUGCAUGUUGGUGGCCUUGCGGCCAACCAAUAUGGACCGAGAGCGGGACAAGUUCUUCCAGUCCCACUACACCUACAACCCACAGUUCGAGUACCAGGAGCCCAUGCCCACGGCUGUGCUGGAGAAGUACUGUGAGGCUUCUGGACAGUUCAUCCAUCAGGCAGUUGGCAUCAUUGAGGCUGUCCUGGAGAAGUUUGGUACCUAUGAACACUUCGAAGCUGCAACGGGGGGCCAGCUGCUGACCAAGUGCCAGAUCUGGUCCAUUGUUCGCAAAUACAUGCAGAAGGAGGGCUGCGUUGGGGAGGUUGUGGUGCAGCUGAGUGAAGACCUGCUGUCCCAGGCAGUGAUGAUGGUGGAGAACAGCCGACCAACACUGGCCAUCAACCUGACGGGAGCCCGCCAGUACUGGCUGGAGGGCAUGCUGCGGCACGAGAUAGGCACUCACUACCUGCGGGGCGUGAACAACGCGCGGCAGCCGUGGCACAGCGCCGAGGGCCGGCUGCAGUACGGACUGCGGCCAGCGAACCCCACGGAGGAGGGCUUGGCCAGCCUGCACAGCGUGUUGUUCCGCAAGCAGCCCUUCCUGUGGCGCGCCGCCCUGCUCUACUACACCAUCCACCGCGCCUCGCGCAUGUCCUUCCGCCAGCUCUUCCAGGACCUGGCGCGCUACGUGCAGGACGCUGACGUGCGCUGGGAGUACUGCGUGCGCGCCAAGCGCGGCCAGACUGACACCUCGCUGCCCGGCUGCUUCAGCAAGGAUCAGGUGUACCUGGAUGGCAUCGUGCGCAUUCUGCGGCACCGCCAGACCAUCGAUUUCCCGCUGCUGACCUCACUGGGCAAGGUGUCCUAUGAGGAUGUAGACCACCUGCGGCCCCAUGGGGUGCUGGACAAUACCCGGGUGCCCCACUUCAUGCAAGACUUGGCACGCUACCGGCAACAGCUGGAGCACAUCAUGGCCACUAACCGGCUGGAUGAGGCAGAACUGGGCCGCCUGCUGCCUGACUGAGGCCGGCUGAGGGUUACUGCCGGAGGCCCUGGACAGAGGGCUCCAGAUCAGCUCUCAGAACAUGAAGAUGACUGUUCUGUGCUUCCAUGGCCUGGGUGUUUCUUGGUGAACUGGGAGGGCAGGAGCAUCCCAGGAGGUAGGAGUGGCAACAUCAGAGCCUUUGUGUCCUUCGAUAGCCUCUCUGGGGCUUAGGGACCGGUAGUAGCAUGUCAAGCAAACUGAGUCUGCCCUCCUACGUCCAGCUCUCUGUUGAGCAGAGGGGAAGCCUGGGGGCAGGAGGGAGGCUGAGCAUGAUGGGGAUGGGGGGUGGUUUGGGAGUAGAAACUUGUUCUUGCAUGAGAUGGCUUUGGGUGUCUGCAUACUCCAGUGUCUCCCUUCCCCCACCUGGCCCCUCGGUGCUCCUUCAGCUUUCACGCUUUCUACCUCUCACUGGGUCCUGGUGGGGAUCUCCCUUCUCCUAGGGUGACUGCCUGAGCAUGAGGGUCUGGCUUUCACACAGGCUCAAGGGGCAGGGGUCCUGGUGGUAGAGACCCAGCUGGGCUGGAGUGUGCUUUCUGGCAUUUUGCCUCUCCCACUGCUCAUGUAUUUAUACCCUAUUUAUGUGCUCUGCUUCCUGGGGCUGGGAGGUAGCAGCUUCUGAAGGUGUGGUGGAGGGAACAGUGCUCCUCUGGAAGGCACCAACUGUUCCUAGCCCCACUCUCCUCUCUGUCUCUCUGUCUCUG